CAAUUAUUCUCUGUCUUUCUCGACUGCCGCGGUUGAUGCAUGCUUCUCAUCGCCGGCGUCGCUCUGUUUUCCGGUGAAGGUACGCAUUUUCCGUUCAUUUUCGGAAUCGUUGAAUGUUUCAGGGCGUCAUCCCAAAUCUGAAAGGUAGCUAAGUGAAUUGAGUAAAGAUGCCUCUUUACGAUUGCAUGCUUCUGUUUAAGCCCCAUACAAGGAAGGAAUCCCUCAUGGAUUUAGUUGCAAGGGUGGGAAAACAUGUCUACAGAAGAAAUGGGGUUGUCACUGAUCUUAAGAGUUUUGGAACAGUUCAGUUGGGCUAUGGUAUAAAAAAGCUAGAUGGCAGAUUUUAUCAGGGGCAACUGAUGCAACUGAGCAUGAUGGCUACACCCAACAUCAACAAAGAGCUGCAUUAUCUAAACAAGGAAGACCGGCUGCUACGUUGGCUUCUGGUUAAACAUCGAGACACAAACUUUGGGCUUGACUUCAUGGGGGAUGAAGGUAGAAUUGAGCUGAGCAAACUCUCCCAAAGCAGAAGACUUGAUGAUGAGGAUGAGGACGAAGACGAUGAUGAUGAGGAAUAUGAAGUGAACGAAGAAGAAAACAAAGUGAACUAAAAGAUAGUUGAGUAUUUUUGUUGGUUUCGAUUAUGGGAGGAUAAAACCACUGGUAUUGUAUUGUAGGUGCUAGACAUUUGCUUAUUGAUAGUGCUUGGUAACAAUCAAUGGGCUUGAAGAUGUUAUUAAGUGACAUCUUUGUAGCUUGGUGCUGUUUCUUCUUGCUAUUCGACAAAACAAUAUCUUUGUAGCUUGGUGAAAUAAUUGAUUUAAUACGCCCAUUGUCUUGCCCUGAA